AUGAAUAAGUUGUCAUUUGCAAAUAACAAUAUGUACGAUACUUAUGAUUUUGACAAUGUCAUGUUACUUCCUCGAGAAUGUAUAGUGAUGACUCGAGCAGAUUGCGACGUUUCCGCCAAGCUGGGGAAUUUUACCUUCAAGAUUCCAUUAAUGGCGUCUAAUAUGCCCUCCAUAAUGAACGAAACAAUAGCAGUUGAACUUGCGAAGAGGAAUUACUUCUACGUGAUGCACAGGUAUGGGACUAACAAUUUGGAAUUCUCACGUAAAAUGCGAAGUUUGGGUCUCUUUGUCUCAAUUUCUGUUGGUGUUAAGGAGGAGUCUUACGACGUGGUUACCGAACUGAAGGAAAACAAUGAAGUCCCUGAUUUUAUCACCAUUGACAUUUCCCAUGGCCACAACCAGAGGGUUAAGGGUAUGAUUGACCACAUACGUUCUUGUUUUGGCAACAAAACGUUUAUCAUUGCCGGGAACGUUACAACCCCUGAGGGUAUUAGGGAUAUGGAAAGCUGGGGAGCGAACGCCAUUAAGGUAGGCCUGGGUCCUGGCCAUGCUUGCACAACCUCUCCCAGGACCGGGUUCGGGUCCAGGGGUUGGCAACUUUCUGCUGUGGCUCGAUGUGCCAAAGUGGCUACUAAGGCUGUAAUUAUCUGCGAUGGAGGUGCGUCAAAUUCAGGCGACAUUGCUAAGGCCAUCAACAUGGGAGCCGACUGGAUAAUGUCCGGAUUCCUUUUCUCAGGCACCUUGGAAAGCCCUGGCGAAAUCGUCGUUAGGGACGGAGUAAGAUGCAAGUCUUACUACGGCAGUUCAAGUUUAGUUGCUAAGAAGGUAAACCACAGAAUUGAGGGCACGGAGAUUUUCGUUCCUUGCGAAAUUUCACUCUUCGAUAGACUCAGGGAAAUCGAGGAGGACUUGCAAUCCUCAGUUUCAUUUGCAGGCGGCAACAAACUCACUGAUAUAAGAAAUGCUGAGCAUGUUUUCAUAAACUGUCAAUAA